AUGGCUGGCGACCCAAUGAAUGGAUUGGAGCAUUCCGAGGCUCAUUACUUCAACAGUUACAACCAUCAUGGUAUCCAUGAAGAGAUGUUGAAAGAUGAAGUCCGUACUCGAUCAUACAUGAAUGCUAUUGUGCAAAACAAGCAUCUUUUCAAAGACAAGAUUGUCCUCGAUGUAGGAUGCGGUACCGCCAUUCUCAGCAUGUUCGCUGUCAAGGCCGGCGCCAAACACGUUAUCGGAGUCGAUAUGUCUACCAUUAUCGAAAAAGCCCGUGAGAUUGUCGAAGUCAACGGAAUGUCCGAUAAGAUUACAUUACUUCAAGGAAAGAUGGAGGAGGUUGAAAUCCCAUUCCCAAAGGUCGAUAUUAUUAUCUCGGAAUGGAUGGGAUACUUCUUGCUCUACGAAUCCAUGUUGGACACUGUUCUCUAUGCUAGAGAUAAGUACCUUGUACCAAACGGUCUGAUCUUCCCAGAUAAGGCCACCAUCUUUAUGGCUGGUAUUGAGGAUGGCGAAUAUAAAGAUGAGAAGAUUGGAUUCUGGGACAACGUUUACGGAUUUGACUACUCUCCUCUCAAAGCCACCGCUCUUACCGAACCUCUCGUCGACACCGUCGAGAUCAAGGCGGUUGUAACAGACCCUACUCCAGUACUUACCCUUGACCUUUACACAUGUACCAAGGAAGAUCUCGCUUUCUCCUCCCCUUUCAAACUCGAUGUCCGUCGUAACGAUUUCAUCCACGCUCUCAUCGCCUGGUUCGAUAUCGAUUUCACUGCCUGCCACAAACCUAUUAGAUUCAGCACCGGUCCUCACACCAAGUACACUCACUGGAAACAAACUGUAUUCUAUUUAAGAGAAGUUUUGACUGUUGAGCAAGGAGAGCAAAUUGUUGGUCAACUUGAUAAUAAGCCAAACGAGAAGAACCCAAGAGAUUUGGAUGUUAAGAUUCAGUACAAGUUGGAGACUUCAGACCCAUUGAGACAGGCUACAGGUGGUGCCGAGUAUAAGAUGUGUUAA